AUACUGAAGUUUUCGCCAAAUUGACAUUGUAUUUGCGAAAAGGUGAAAUGUUUUUGUCAGUCAAACAAAAACUCCAGACUGGUUUGAUUUCUUCAUGAAAGAGGCGGGAAAAUUUUAUGUUUUGGUUUCUGUUGUUGUGAAAUUCUCCAAACAAAGUCAAAAUUCUUCUGUGAGGACAAAUUCUGCUGAUGCACAAUGAACGACUACGCAUUAAAUAAACGCUUCCAGGAGCUGAUCACCAAACUGAGAAGCUUAAAGGAGAAACAGGCAAAUACGAAGGAUUCCUUUGGGGGCAUUAUGGAGUUUCUUGGAGAAUUGCCAAAGCUCAAGGCGAAUCAUUUGGUGGAAACAGUUGAGUUUUGCGAAGAAUUAAUCCGUGAUCAGGAAUCUUCUUUCAUUGCCUGGAAAGAUAUUCUCCCGCCUGUCGUGGGAGCCAUCAAUAAACUUCCCCAGAUCAGUGUAAAUGGGAUUUCAAUGCCAGGUGGAGAGUACCGGCAGAAGAUCAUAAUGUCCCUGACGACACUAAAGUGGCAAACGGAGAUUGUCAUCCCACUGGCUGAGAUGUUCCGGGAGAUGGUGAUUACGAAGGAAGAACGGGAACGUGUGAUGAAGAAGCUUUGCGAAUCACUCCCCAAAGUCACCCCGGCAGAAAUUCCUUCUCUGGCAUACCAGCUAUUUUCACUCAGCAAAUCUCCCGCGCUUCUCAUUAUGCCAAUUCUCAGUUUGCAGAAGUACUUCAACACAUUCUACUACAAGAAACUCUAUGAUGAUCUCCAGACUAAUACAACAGAUUUUGAUUCAAUUGACAUGCAUUCGGACAAGGAAAUGCGUAAUUUUGAGGAAACUGUCCUCUAUCAUCUGAACAAUAUUACAGAAUUCUCCAUGACUGAGAAGGAGAUUGUAGCAUCUUUCCGUGCUGUGUCUGCUACACCGAGCUACAUCCUCACACCAUUUGUCACCACAGCUCUCCUCACGAUAUCCAAGAUUAACCGGCAGAUUGAGAUGAAUCGCCUAUCAACAUCCAUUGUGCUGCCCUUCCUGCGAUCAGUCAUUAAAAAUGCUGAGAAAGAGAAGCAAAUGGCCAGGGAAUCUGCAUGGUGCAGGAGCACAUUUAAUCGUGAUUUCGUCAACAUCGAACGACUCUUUGAGAUUCUUUUUGAGCAGAGCAAACUCGGCAUGGAUGUGGUGACACCGGGUUUUGUAGGACUACUCUUUACACUACUAAAAUCAAAGAAUCAACCUGAUCUCAACACGAUGGCCAUCAACCUCUUGCAGCAGUUUCUGAAGAAACGACAGCACUUUGGACGGGGUAUUGUGAAGCAUCUCUUGGAAUUUCUCUUGGCAAACUACGAAGCUUCCCAAUUGGCUGAAUGUAUGAACUCACUGAGCCUUACAAGUACCCUCGCUGUGUCUGAAUGCUUCGAUGGGCUGAAGAAUAUAAUGGACUUUUUGCUUAUGAUUCCGGGUCAGCAGGCAAUGCGAAUUGUCACAUUUAUCUUCCCACUGAUAAAGAUCUCCUUCGCCACGAGGGAUUAUCUGAUAGACACCCUAAGGACUGCAACAUUCUCACACGAUGAGAGCACAAGAACCUUCGGGAUUUAUGGAUUCUGCACACUGCUCAAGCAUCUGAAGAAUAGCAAUUCCCGCCGGGUUGGCUCUACCGGUACUGGGCUCAUGAGUCAGAUUAGCAUCUCGGGAUUCUCAAUGAUGUCCCAAGCUACACUGGGCAACCAGGGAAAUCCGAACCGGGACUUUGAUAUGCUCACAAUGGAAAUCCUCGGAAUUCUCCGAAAGGUCUUCGAUGAGAGUGUUCAGAUGAAGGAGAUUCUCUACGAUACUCUCCUGCGAGCGGUUGAUCGUAACGUUCAACUUGCUCCUCAUGUUCUCUUCUUCAUUGAUUUCCACUUCCGAAAUUACCUCGAAGUCGAUGAGCUCAAUUUCAACAUUAAAUUCAGCGAAUUCAUCACGGAGCGUGAUGGUAAGAUCGAGGUAUGGGACAAUUUGGGAGCCCUGAUAUACUUUGUUGGAUUUUCCGUUGUCACAUCCGACAAAUAUGAGCUUCCGUACGAUACAAAGAUACUCCGUAAAUUGCUGGACUUCCUCGUGAAUCGUAUUGGGAAUGUUACUUUUGAGAGUUUGGGCAUAACUGGAGCAGUUUCCCCUCUCAACAUUGCCCUCGCCACCCACUUUAUCUACUGCCUCGAAGGUGUGAUGGCCUAUUGUGCACUGGCGGCAACUCCUGCUAAUCAAUAUCUGGAUAAAAUCAGCAAGAUUUUCGAUCACUAUGAGAAAUGCACCAAGACUCUCAAGGACAUGUGGGAAAAUCUAAAGAAAGCAACAGGGAAGAAGGGGAAGAAGUUGAAUCUCACAAAAACCGCCAUAGCCACACAGAUGACUCAACUGCCCCAAUUUACUCCAGGGAAGCCUACAACAAAUAUUUGGGAUUUUGCGACGUUGGAGAGAUUUCUGAUUGUUAUCUACGAGAAAGCCAACAUCUACGGAUCAACGCAACAUAUCAACUCAAUACGAGAAAAUCGUGAAUUCCACUGUCAUGUCCUUCGGAUUACACGAGACUUCAUCAAGGAUUUCUCAUCACAGCCAGAGUACAAGCAUGUUUCCCACAGUCGACGACUCUUCAUGCUUCUCUGCUCAUCUUCAAAGAUUCUCUUUGAACAUUGCGUUAAAAAAUUGAUUCCAAUUAUGGAAAGAUUUGAUGUGGAAGCAGCAAUGCUGGGUGUGGAAUCCUUCAAGCAAUGCCUCAUAACGGCAGACAGCGUCUACAAGAGAAAACUCAGCGAAUUCUUGCGCUUUGUAACGAAUCAAAAUCAAUCCAUCCCGGAAAAUGUGGGGAUUAUUGUCAAGACAGUUGAGGAACUUCUGCUGAAAUGUCUCGAGGAGAAAUCUCUAUUCGACAUUGAUGCCAAUUCCCGUCAAAUUCCAGGGAUUUUGCUUUCAUGCCUGGAGAUGCUCUACUCCCAUAUUCCAGCAGAACGUCCUGAAGCAUUAAAUGCCUUCGAUUGGCUCCACAAAUUCUGCCAGAAUCACACAAUUCACAGCAAAGGUCUGGAUAAUGUGCACAAAAUGCUCUUCCAGCAGCACUUAAAAACGGAUGAAGGUCUAUUCCUCAGCACAGUGGCCUCGCAACUGAGCAAUGUUAUGGGAACAUUUGGGGCGGACCUCGAUAAUCCUACACCAUCGAAUCUCAAGUCUAUUGAAGCUGAAAACGCAGAGAGUUGCUUCAUGAAUUUGGUGCAAAUACUGAGGAAGGAGCUCUCCGAUGUGGAUUACUUGACUCUCAAGAUCAAGAGUAUUCUGGCCAAGAUAAAGUUCAUGGGUACAACCAAUUCCGAUGAUCAUACAGAACCCCUGAUCACCAUGGAGAAGGCAGUUUGUAUGCAUCUCAUCAAAGUGGCCAAUUGCAUCCUAACGCUGUCGAAUAUUCAAAUCAAGCUGGGAAAUCCCGUUGAGGGGAUACUGCGUCUCAUUAUCUCCUACUACGUUGCAGUGACUAAUGUCACUAAGCACCUCACUGUGCGACAUCCUCUCGUUCCGGUGAACUUUUCAGCUAUUCGCUUUGAAAAGUUGGUCCAAAUUACUGGAAGUUCUCUCUCAAAGGCCACCUAUGCCCUCAUUACAUACAUCUACGAUCUCUUGUCUCCAGCAGAAUCUGAAGGAACAUCCGCAAAGAAUUCAAAAAAGGAAUCCGUUGCUGUUGUUGUGCGCAACACUCGCUAUCUGUCCACGGUAAUCCGAGAAAUGGAGAAUUUCAACAAGUUCGUGAGGAUGCUCGGACGAAAAUCAAAGAACAAAGUACUGGAGAAGUACCUCCAUGAGGAUUGUGUACGUGAUUUCCGUAUCAAGAAGGAUCAACUGAGAGAUGUUAUUGAUGAUGAAAUUGAGGAUUGUUCCUCCCCGGAUGAUGAAGAAGAUAUCGGCAGCUCAUCAAAUGAUGAUGAUGAUCAAGAAAUCACUUCAAUGGAAAUUCAUCCAUCUGGCAGCAGUGGAGCCAGCACUGUGCAGGAUGUUCUCCCAGAAUCUGAUCACGAAGACGCCAUACGUCGCAAUGUACGAAAAGUUCGCAACAAGAUGAAGAAGACAUCGGAAUCAGUAGAUGAUUCCCCCAAUAAAGCUACGAAGAAAGCAAAGGCUCCGCUCAAAUUAAACAAGAGAGCUGCUGGAAUUGUCGUGAAGCCAUCCCGAAAGCCCUCAGAAGACCCCGAGAAUCCCCCGAAGAGAGCGAGGAAGUCAGCAAAAUAAGUUUUUUUUGUUAAUUUUAUUUUUCUUUAUUUUGAAAUAAAAAAUGGGCACAUAAGUUGAAUUCAAUUGGAAGAAAUAAAAUACGGUUUAUUAAGCAAUUAACACA